AUGAAGCUCAAUGCUGCCUUGUCCCUAGCCUUCCCUGUACUAGUCGCUAGUGCACCAGCUCCUGAAUACGAUGCGAGCAAGAUUAUUCAAGCUCGUCAGGUAGUUGCAACAGAGGUUAUCAACCAACCUAUUACGGCUCGUCAGGUAGUUGCAACAGAGGCGGCCGACCAACCUAUUACAGCUCGUCAGGUAGUUGCAACAGAGGUGAUCAACCAACCUAUUACAGCUCGUCAAGUUGUUGCAACAGUACAGCCAGGCCUUAAAGCUCGCGAAACUAUUACAGUAGUAGCGCGUUUAAUCGACGAUCUAGAAGCUCGUCAAACCGUAGGGGACGGUGCUAUAGAGGCUCGCGCAACUACCUUUAUAACCGUAACUGCAACUCAAAAUCUUAAAGCUCGCGAAACUGUUACAGUAUUAGUGCGAGAGAAUAACGACCUAAAAGCUCGUCAAACUGUUCCCAUCACAGCGCGGGAAAAUAACGCCAUCGAAGCGCGUCAAACUGUCACAGCCCGUCAAAAUGCACCCACGAUCAAUGCUCUUCAAGCUCGCGAAACUGUUACUGUAACAUUGUAUGCAAACGAAGCCCUCGAAGUUCGUCAAGCACCUGAACACACUUACCGCUGA